CUCUUACAAACGUAACAUAUCAAUUUGAGAGAGAGAACAAAAAGAAAAAAAAAACACACAAAAAUUUCUCAUUCUGCCGCCCACCGUUGCAUGGCAAAUAAGGUUUUCUGUCCGAAACUCCUUAAGAACCUCGGAUUUCAUGUCCGCCGCUUAAACUCAGCUCCAUCACCUCUUUCCGCCGUUCCUCCGUUAAAUUUCACUGGCGAUUUUAACGCCGCUACCGUUACCGCACCUAAUUUGUUAGACACCACACCACAGAUUAACACAGCCCUUCAAAACCAUAAUAACAUUAUCAAUUUUGACGAUGUUAAGGAGCUAUUCUAUGGGGUUCCAACCACAAAGUUGAUUCGAUCAUCGCUAACGUUACAGAUGGCGGCGAUUGAACCAAUGGUUGAUUUGGGUAUGUGGGUAAUGAAUUCUAAACUUAUGGAAAUGCCUGUUUUUAAGGAGGUAAUGUUGGGGUUUGUUAAAAAUACAUUUUAUGAACAUUUUUGUGCCGGAAAAGACUUAGCGGACGUCCGUCGGACCGUUACAAAUCUUUCUAAUUCUGGCUUAAAAGCCAUGCUUGAUUAUGGGGUGGAACAUGCCACCGAAAAUGAGUCGUGUGACCAGAGUAUGAAGUCGUUUAUUCAAACCAUUGAAUCAACGAAAUCGCUUCCAGAAUCUUCUGCUAGCUUUGUGGUAGCAAAGAUAACAGCAAUUUGUACACCAAGGCUGCUCAAAAGAUUGAGUGAUUUGCUUAGAUGGGAAGAAAAAGAUCCUUCAUUCAAUCUCCCAUGGAAGCAACAGUCACUCCCACUUUUCGCCGAAAACAGCCCUAUUUACCAUACGUCGAAAAAACCCGAACCUCUAACGGCAGAGGAAGAGCGUGAUCUUCAAUUAGCUCAUCAAAGACUCGUGAAAAUUUGCGAGAAAUGUGUUGAACAUGAUGUUCCCUUACUCAUUGAUGCGGAAGAUACAACUAUUCAACCUGCAAUCGAUUACUUUGCGUAUUCUGCAGCUAUUAAAUACCACAGAGGCGAUCAACCUUUGAUUUUCGGAACAAUUCAAGCAUACUUGAAAGACGCGAAGGAACGAAUGGUUAUCGCGAAAAAGGCUGCAGAGAAAAUGGGAGUUCCAAUGGGAUUUAAGCUUGUGAGGGGAGCUUAUAUGUGUAGCGAAAAACAAUUCGCUUCUAGUUUAGGUUUCAAGUCUCCAAUUCACGAUAGCAUUGAGCAAACACAUGCUUGCUUCAAUUCAUGUGCCGAGUUUAUGAUUGAAGAGAUUGCUAAUGGUUCUGGUGCAGUUGUUCUUGCUACUCAUAACAUUGAGUCAGGAAGACUUGCUGCAACCAAAGCUAUAGACUUGGGAAUCAAAAAUGAGAGACAGAAUCUCCAAUUUGCUCAGCUCUAUGGUAUGGCUGAAGGGCUUUCUUUUGGGCUGAGAAAUGCAGGAUUCCAAGUGAGCAAGUAUUUGCCAUUUGGUCCUGUUGAGCAAAUUAUGCACUACCUUAUGAGGCGCGCUGAAGAAAACAGAGGACUCUUAUCUACAUCGGCUUUCGAUAGGCAACUCAUGAGGAAGGAAUUGACCAGGAGAUUCGAAGCGGCAACUUCUUGAAUACAUAUUGGCAUGGAAAUUAUAUUAGUAAGUAAGAAUAAUAAGCGAGGAAACACCGCCAACUACUGUAAAUAAUUCAAAUGGCGUGAGCAAAAAAGUUGAUGAUGAUCAAGCAACCAUGGAUGGGAAAAAUGCAAGGAUUUAUCUCCUUGUGUUAUGAACAUAAGCAUGUAUGUAUCUAGUUUUUUUAGGUCCACUUGUAGUAUCUUUCUCCAUGUGCUAUAUUAGGCCCUGUUUAUAUUGUAGCACAUUUGUUAUAAUUGGUAUCGUAUUAGAAAAUGGAAGAAGGUACCCCAGAGUGGAACCGAAAUGUUGAAAUUA